AUGCAGUCACUCAGACAGCGCAAGACCCCCGAGCGCGGGGAGCCCUCCCGCUCUGCCCGCCCGGCCAAGCGCGAUGCCUCCGCCCGCAAGUCUCGAGUGGACGACAAGAUCAAGAAGCGCAUGUCCAUGCGCUACGCCGACAUAUCAGCCCCGACCGGGGGGCAGGGCAUCCCGGAGGUGCCCAGCAUGCCGAUGGGGUAUGCCCCGACGCGGAGUACCAGUCCGGAACAGGACGGCGAGGGCGACCUGAGAGUAGGGAAAGGAAGAAGAGCAGAGGAGCAGAAGGCGGCGGAGAUGAAGAUGCUGGACGAGAAGAACUUUGAUCCGGACGCUUACCUCAAAUUAAAGCUCGCCAACUCCACCGAAGCCGAGCUCAAGUCGCUUCAGUCCUCGCUGCAGAACACGAAGGAUGAAACGAACGCUGAUCUGCAGCGGAACGUCUUUAAGAAUUAUGCAGAAUUCGUGCACAUCUCCAAGGAGAUCAGCACCUUGGAGAACGAGAUGCUCGAGCUGAAAGACAGUCUAUCGGAAUGGCGUAACAUGCCGUCGCUCCUUCACAUCGACGAGAACGCCUCCGUUGCUGAACGGCGGCGCAACGUGCGUUCCUCGGUCGCUGAUCUCCGCGUGCUCUACGCCUCCCAAAUGCAGUCCUUGCACGCCCAGAUCGAAGGCAGCACCAAGUUUGUCCCGACCAUACCCGGCCGCCAUGUCGUUUCCGAGAUGGAGGACGGAAUUCUGGCGUUGAAUGCGGCGACGUACAAGGUCACGCAUGCAGUGCGAUUCGUAUUACUGGAUGAUGCGGUCUUAGUGGCAAAGAGAAAGAAGGGGCGUGAUGGGGGAAGUAAGGAAGGCGGAACAGAAAGGGGUGGAAAGUGGGUGGCUGAGAGAUGCUGGCCACUGAAUGAGAUGUUGGUGUUGGACACGAAGGACACGGCUUCCAUGACAAACGUAUUCAAGAUUCGUCAUGGGAAGGAGACGCAUGUCUACAGGACGGAGGUGGCGGCGGAUAAGAAGGCUCUUUUGGCGCAGUUCAGACAUAUCGCAGACGAACUAGCGACCAAGAGGCGCAAAGAGCGAGAGGGCGAGCACGAGCGGCGGAAGACGAUGUGGGGAGGAGCCGACGAUCGAUCCGCUUCAGAUUGGAUGGCUGAGCUAGCGCGGAAUGCCGGGAUGUCUGACACCGCGAAGGAGAAAGCCGAGCGUGACGCUCGCUGGCUCAGCGAUUAUUCUGAUGGCCUUACCGUCGCUAUUGCGCUCCGUGACUGGGACAAGGCCGCAGCUCUGGUCGAAGAAGGCGAGACGAAACUGCCCACUAUACCGUCACUUUCCGCCAAGCUACCCACGCUCACAGCUUCUCUCACCUCCGCCCUUCUAACAUCCCUGGCCUCUCCCACCAUCCGCAAGUCCGAGGCCGUGCGCUUGAUCGCCCUCUUGGUCCGUCUACAUGCUGGUCCCGCAGCACGCAGCACGUUCUUGAAUGCGCGGGCAGAGGUGAUGCGUAAGCGUGUACGUUCCAUCAGGUUCGAGGGAAGCGUGGAGAUGUACGUGAACGAGCUUGCUGUGGUGGUCUUCACGGGAUUGAAGCACACGGCGGACUGGUUCCUGGCCAGCUUCAAGGAAAACGAAGUGGCCAGCGGCUUUGUGGAGUGGGCAAAGCAUCAGAUGGAAGCGUUUGCGGAACUGUUCAGGCGCCAGGUGUAUACCAGCGACGCACCUCCCCAAAUCGUAUCGGAAGCAAGGAGAAUCGCAUUCGUUCAGAGCAAAAAGUUGCUGGAGGAAUAUGGGCUGGAUUUCCGGUAUCUACUAGAGGAUCUCCUUUCGGAACAUCCAAAGGACCAGAAGGAGGUCAUUCGGCCUCCAAUGCCGGUGGUCAAACGGCAUUCGCCGCCUCGAUCGGGUCCCGUCCGUACACCCGCGCCCACACCUAUCCGCGUCCGCUCGCCAGAGCCAAGGGCGAGAAGCAACGGUGAAGCGUCGUCCACACCUCCGCGGUCGUCACCCUUGGCUUCCACGGCGCCCUUGCCCAAGGUGGUGGCACCGUCCCCCGUCCGCUCUCCGGUGCAGGCGCCGCGUCCACCGCGCGCGCCGUCGCCGUCGCUGUCGGUCAGCAGCGCGAGCAGCGAGAGCCGCACGCCGCGGAUACGGUCGCCGGUGCCGCCAAUGCCCCGGGAUCGUAGUGCGCUCGGCGCCGAUGGUCCGGCCGUGCCGACCACACGUCCGGUACUGAGGCCGCAACGAGCUGCCGCACGCUCCAGACCGGGGAGCGCUGCGAGCGAUGGUUCAUCUGCUGGCUAUCGACCGCCGCCUGUGGCGGUGCCUCGACGGGAGGGCAUGUUCUAG